AUGUCCGAGCGAAGCUAUUCCAUCUCACACCAGGUCACUGGCGGAUCUUCUGGAGAGCAACGUCAGAUCGUUGUGGAGAUACCAAACAUGACGCCGUACAUGGGCUUGCGAGGCAGGCCACUGUCGCAGCUCAUCGGUGUUGUGUCUGGCAUGGUGUUUUUUCUUUAUGGCUACGACCAGGGCAACAUGGGAGGCUUCCUCACCAUACGAUCAUUUCUGGAGCAGUUCAAACCCAUUGAUCCAGGAGCAGACUACUCAGCUCCAGGGACGACGUUGCUGCACAUCUCACAGCUCGAAGGCUUCACUGUAGCCAUCUGGAAUCUCGGAUGUCUCGUGGCUGCCGUCAUCGCCAUCUUUAUCGGUGACAGACUUGGUCGCAAGAAGAUGAUUGGCAUGGGUCUCGUGCUGCUGCUAGUAGGUCAGAUCCUACAAGCGUCGUCCUUUCAAUGGGCGCAGUUCUUGGUUGGAAGAUUCGUGGCUGGGCUGGGAAAUGGCUUCAAUUGUGCUACCAUCCCAGCUUGGCAAGCUGAAUGCACAAAAGCCCACCGCAGAGGUACAGUCCUCAUGCUCACAGCCGGCUGCUGUCUCGCUGCUGGUCUAUCCUUUGCAUACUGGAUGGACUUUGCAUUCGCUUGGCUGGAUCCCAACGAUGCUGCCUGGCGCGCCCCGAUUGGCAUUCAGAUCAUCGCCAUCGUCGCUGCUGGAGGCAUCCUCUACUUCAUGCCGGAGUCACCACGCUGGCUUAUUCUCAAGGGCCGAGAACACCAUGCUCUGGAAGUCCUUGCUGCCCUGAACGACCAGGAACCUACCGCUCAAGAGGUCCGACAAGAGUUCCUGCAGAUCAAGGAUGCUGUUAUCGAGAUGAUUAAGGGCGCGAGCAAGUUCACUAAUGUGUUCAAGAUGGGCGAUUACCGAGACUUUCAUCGUGUGCUGCUUGCGGUGGGACUGCAGUUCUUUCAACAGAUUGGUGGCAUCAACUUCAUGACACAAUACUACGCCCAGAUGUUCAACUUCCAAUACCAAACAGUGCCAUGGGUAGCUCGACUCCUCGCAGGCUGCGCUGGUACGGAAUUCUUCCUCGCAUCCUUCAUCUCUGUCUGGGUCAUCGACCGCUUCUGUGGUCGCAGAACACUCCUUAUGAUCGGCACCUUCGGCAUGACCAUCUCCAUGAUCACCCUCUCGAUCUGCCUCUCGAUCAAUACCCGUGCCUCCCUCAACGCCGGCAUCGUUUUCAUCUUCGUUUUCUGCACUUUCUUCGCCAUCGGUUGGCAGGGAAUGUCGUGGCUCUACCAAGUCGAAAUUGUCCCCCUCCGCAUCCGCGGCCCCGCAAACGCCAUCUCCACCUCCGCCAACUGGCUCGCCAACUUCAUCGUCGUAAUGAUCUCCCCGCCCGCCUUCGUCAACAUAACCUGGCGCACCUACCUCAUCUUCGUCGCCACCAACACCACAAUCCUGCCCAUCAUCUACUUCUUUUACCCCGACACCUCGAACCGCUGCCUCGAAGAAGUCGACGUCAUCUUCUUCGCGGCCAACUCAUCGAAACAUCCCUGGCUGGACGUGAAGCAGAUUGCUGCGAACGAGCCGCUGUGGUAUUCUGGGACGGACGAGGAUGCCAGGUAUGAUUAUGAGCAGACGGAGUGGCAUCAGAGGCAUGUGAGGUUUUCGGAUGAGGUGAAGGAUAGUGAGGGGGAUUCGACGACGUUGAGGAAUGCUAGUGAUAGUGAGGGGACGGAGAAGGGGUUGAAUGGGAGUGAUAGUAGUGAGAUGGGGUUGCCGCUGCCGGCGGUGGUGAGGGGGAGAAGUGGGAGUGGGAGUGGGAAUGAGGCUAGGCCGGUGGUUAGUAGGGGAAGCGACACUGCAAGGACAAGAGAGUAUGAGAAUAGGAACACGAGGGAUGCUGUGUUGCCGCACUUUUUGCGUUGA